AUGGAUGCGCUCCUGUCUCGCCUGGACGAAAUCGUCCUCAAGCCUGAGCUCGCGCCUUUACUGUCCUUACUGAAGGGUGCACGCAAUGGUAUCGUCUACGGAUCGAAAGUGCGCUUUCCGCAUGCGCUGGUCAUGAUCUUAUUAUUCCGAUCGGGGACAUUCCGGGAAAAGAUCAAGCUCGUCCUCAAGGCAACGCGCCAGCACGCUCGAAACCUCUCCACCUUCGCCGUGAUCUACAAGGCAUCCAUGAUCGUUCUCCGGAACAUUAACCCCACCGGCGCUGGGAAGGAAGGCCGUUACGACAGCUUCUUUGCGGGCUUGUUGGGCGGCUAUGCGGUCUUCGGCCGACAGCCGGGAAGUGUUAGCCAGCAGAUCGUCAUCUACGUCUUUGCGCGUGUGAUGCUCUCCCUCGCCAAACUCGCCAUCCAACCCAACAUGCACCCUCUCUCCUCCCUUAUCUCCCCUGAAGCCCGCACCCAAAUCACCGAUCACGCAUGGCCCGUCUUCGCCAGCAUGACUUGGGCCUUCGUCAUGUACAUCUUCCGCUGGUACCCCGAGACCCUGGUAUCGAGUCUGCGGAGCAGCAUGGUAUACAUCUAUGCGGAUUCCGACCACUGGGACUCCCUCCGAACGCUGUUCUUACACAAUAAAUGA